AUGCGGGCACUUGAAGCCCGUUUUUCCAUGCCUGUAAUAGGUUUGGUCAGGUCCACAAUGGGAGCAACCGGAUGCUCCAUUUCUUGUAACUCGAGCGAUUCUGCCGUCGGUCAUAGCGAUUCUGCACAAUCUUGUAGAGUGAACGAAUUGGAAUUGGAGCUUAUAAGUACAAAAUGUGAAUUAGCCAAGGCUCUAAAUAGAGAAUCGUCGUAUAAAAAUACCAUCGAAGAAAGAAAUAUUGUUGUAAUGGAUUUGGAAAGUCGUCUAAAAUCUUUAGAAGAUCAAAUCGACGAAGAAUGGGGAAUAAAUUCACCACAGAGAAAUUGCCAGAAGUUACGAGAGAAAUGCCGAAUUUUACAGAAUCAUAAUCGAUUCCUCAACGAAGAAGUCCUGAAAUUAUCCAAAAUGCAUCAUCAGGAACAACGCAGAAACCACACAUAUCAGAACCGAAUACAAGAAUUAGAAGAAAUUAUCGACAAAUGUAAAAGAGAUUACGUUUUCCUCUUCCAAUCUUCAUUAAAAAUAACUUGCAACGAAGGACCAGAAACGUGGGAAGUAUACCUGUACGGUGGAGCAACGCAUAAGAGAAGGGUAUUACAGCUUUUAGAAGAAGUGAGGAGGAUAAAUCCUUCACUGCCAACUUAUGAAAGUUUGUGUAAGCCUCAAUGUUACAUCGAUAAUUUGGGAUUCCGUCACAGUUACCAAGAUGACGGUUAUGUACUACAUUACAUCUGUCGACAGUUGCACAUUCAUUACAACACUCAACUGCCCUCCUAUUCUCAAAACUUGGCUUCUUGGAAGAAAUAUCUAAGACAAAAUAACGAAGAUUUCGUCCGAACGAAAGAAUUAAAAGUGCUAGUACGUUCUGGAAUUCCGUCUCAUCUUCGUAGUAGAGUUUGGUGUGCUUUUUGUAAAUUUCGUAUUCGUGAUGUUAUGGAAGAGAAAGGUCCUCAUUAUUAUAAUAAUUUAUGCAGUUUGGCACCAGAAUCUGAGAUGGUUGCACACCAUCGUCGCCAAAUCGCAUUAGAUCUACUCCGUACCAUGCCAGAUAAUAUCAGAUUUUGCGAUCAAAAUGCCGAUGGGGUACGAAAAAUGCAAGAAGUUCUGCAAGCAUUCUGUUUACACAAUCCUACUCUAGGUUAUUGCCAGGGGAUGAACUUCUUAGCUGGGAUGUCAUUACUAUUUUUAGAACCAGAAGAUGCAUUUUGGUGUCUAGUGACUAUUAUAGAGAAAUAUUUUACAGCUAAUUACUUUGAUCAGAAUCUUAUUGGGGCUCAAGCGGAUCAAGAAGUGUUAAAAGAUUUACUUCAAGAUAAAUUACCAAAUCUCUAUCGUCAUUUAACGUCUUUAGAUAUUGAACUGUGUACGGUUACAUUGAAUUGGUUUCUGGCUAUAUUCUUCGAUUGUGUACCUUUCGAGGUAUGUACAUUCAUGCUUUCUUUUUAA